UUUUCUCGUCGGGACGUUGUGCUCCGGUUAAUGUUUAUUCACAGAAUAUACGAUUGUAAAUGGCUUCCUAGAGAGGCUGAUAUUUCCUGUCUCUUUGAAAGCGCCCAUGUAGGGCUUGACCCAUCCCGGGAACUAGUUCAGAGUUGAAAUAAGAAUGCGUGCGUAGAGAGGCAGGCAACAGCAGGAACAGCCAAGCUUCUGGAAGGUUCUAGGCAGUACGCAGGAGCAGAGGUAUAGGGAGUAGAAAUGAGCAAGCGAAGGACCCGGGGUCACGAGACCGUUGAGUGGGAGGAGCCAGUGGCUGGGGAGGUUCUAGUCUGCUCUGCCUCGCGGCAGCCGCCCCCUUCUACGCGAUCACGCUGAGCUAGCGCCCGGGCCUGGAAUCGGGCCGCAGCCUCCUCUGCCGCGUCCUCCGCCUACUGACCAUGGACCCCCGCAAAGUGAGCGAGCUUCGGGCCUUCGUGAAAAUGUGUAAGCAGGAUCCGAGCAUUCUGCACACCGAGGAAAUGCGCUUCCUGAGGGAGUGGGUGGAGAGAAAGAGAAAUGUGAAGAAAAAUCUUUCUGAACUAGUAGUGGAGAUCCUGGAAGAAAAAACAGAUAGUGAGAAGGCGGAGGAAAACAUACAGACAGAGGAACCAUCAAGUGAGGAAAGUGAUCUAGAAAUUGAUAAUGAAGGUGUGAUUGAACCAGACACUGAUGCCCCUCAAGAAAUGGGAGAUGAAAAUGUAGAGAUAACCGAGGAGAUGAUGGAUCAGGCAAAUGAUAAGAAAGUUGCAGCCAUUGAAGCCCUAAAUGAUGGUGAUUUCAGACUUCUGGGCCAUUGGGAAGAAGCAGCCCAUGAUCUUGCCCUUGCCUGUAAACUGGAUUAUGAUGAAGAUGUUAGUGCAAUGCUGAAAGAAGUUCAACCUAGGGCCCAGAAAAUUGCAGAACAUCGGAGAAAGUAUGAGCGAAAACGCGAAGAGCGAGAGAUCAAAGAAAGAAUAGAAAGGGUUAAGAAGGCUCGAGAAGAGCAUGAGAGAGCCCAGAGGGAGGAAGAAGCCAGACGACAAUCAGGAGCUCAGUACGGCUCUUUUCCAGGUGGCUUUCCUGGGGGAAUGCCUGGUAGUUUUCCUGGAGGAAUGCCUGGAAUGGCAGGAGGCAUGCCUGGAAUGGCAGGAAUGCCUGGACUCAAUGAAAUUCUUAGUGAUCCAGAGGUUCUUGCAGCCAUGCAGGAUCCAGAAGUUAUGGUGGCCUUCCAGGAUGUGGCCCAGAACCCGGCAAAUAUGUCAAAAUACCAGAGCAACCCAAAGGUUAUGAAUCUCAUCAGUAAAUUGUCAGCCAAAUUUGGAGGUCAAGCGUGAUGCCCUUCCAACAAACAAAUAAAGCCCAUGCUGAAGGAAAAGCAACCUAUAUCACCUAAUGGAUGUCGCAAUAAUACAAACCAGUGUACCUCUGACCUUCUUAUCAAGAGAGCUGGGGUGCUUUGAAGAUAAUCCCUACCCCUCUGCCCCAAAUGCAGCUGAAGCAUUUUGCAGUGGUUUGCCAUUAGGGUAUUCAUUCAGAUAAUGUUUUCCAACUAGAAAUUACAAUCUUUAGACACUUUUUAAACCUAAAAAUAUUUAAAACUAAUUAAAAGGGUAUGUUAAUUCCUACAUUUUUCUUACUAAUCAUUUUGAAUUUUUUCCUUUGAAUUAUUGGGCAAGGAAAAUACUUAUAUGGGAGAUUAUUACUCUAGUUUGAGUAAAAUAAAGGUUUAUUGGUGGGGGCAAAUAUAA